UGCGUCGGGAGUCUAGGGUUUCACUGAAACUUACCCGGCUCUGGGGAGUAGCUCGCAGACGCUCCAAUUAGGUGCCGGCCGGCGGCUGGCUUUCGCUCCCAACGGCGAGUGCCACCGAGUUUUGAAUCGGUGGCGGCGGACUCCCUCGCCUACCCGGCGUCGGGCUGCUGGAAAGAUGCGAAGUCUGCGCUCGGCUCGGCUGCUGGCGUGCGCCCUACUGCUGGCGGCCUCGGCCGCCGCCUCGCAAACCCUUCCAGGGUCCAACAGAACAAGCUCUAAAGGCAGAAGUCUCAUCGGUAGAACUAAUGGCUCAUCUCGGGUCACAGGGAAGGGAGCGACGGUGGAACCAGGCUUUUCUAUAGACGACUUUUCUACCUCUGUUCUUACCGGGAAACUGACUACAGUCUUUCUCCCCAUCAUCUACACAAUUGUGUUUGUGAUUGGCUUGCCAAGCAAUGCCAUGGCACUGUGGGUCUUCCUUUUCCGAUCCAAGAAGAAGCACCCUGCUGUGAUUUACAUGGCCAACCUGGCCUUGGCCGACCUCCUGUCGGUUAUCUGGUUCCCGCUGAAGAUAGCCUAUCACAUACAUGGCAACAACUGGAUUUAUGGGGAGGCGCUUUGCAAAGUUCUCAUUGGAUUUUUCUAUGGCAACAUGUACUGCUCCAUUCUCUUCAUGACCUGCCUCAGCGUACAGAGGUAUUGGGUUAUUGUGAACCCCAUGGUGCAUCCCAAGAAGAAGGCAAACGUUGCCAUUGGUGUCUCCCUGGUAAUCUGGCUGCUGAUUCUGCUGGUGACCAUCCCCUUGUACGUGGUGAAGCAGACCGUCUUCAUUCCAUCCCUUAACAUCACCACCUGCCAUGAUGUUUUGCCUCAGGAGGUGCUGGUGGGAGACAUGUUCAAUUACUUCCUCUCUCUGGCCAUCGGAGUCUUCCUGUUUCCAGCCUUCCUCACAGCCUCUGCUUAUGUGCUGAUGAUCAGAACCCUCCGAUCUUCUGCCAUGGAUGAAAAUUCAGAGAAGAAGAGAGGGCGAGCCAUCAAACUCAUUGUCACAGUCCUGGCCAUGUACCUGAUCUGCUUCACUCCUAGUAAUCUUCUGCUCGUGGUGCAUUAUUUCAUGAUUAAAAACUGGAACCAGAGCCAUGUCUAUGCCCUGUACAUCUCGGCCCUUUGCCUCUCCACCCUCAACAGCUGCAUUGACCCCUUUGUCUAUUACUUCGUUUCCAAGGACUUUAGGGAUCACGCAAAGAACACUCUCCUUUGCCGAAGCGUCCGUACGGUGAAUCGGAUGCAAGUAUCCCUCACAUCAAAGAAGUUUUCGAGGAAAUCCAGCUCUUACUCAUCAAGUUCAACCAGCGUUAAAACAUCCUAUUGAGUUUUCCACAGCUCCUCUGAUAGGAGUGACAUGGGCAGACCUGGAGCCUGCUGAUCCUUAUGGAAGAAAGUUGUUUCCUAACCAAGCAGGUCUCACCACAUACCACAUGAAUACGCAGCAUAACCCAGGAUUGCUAGCAACUUCUUUGUAUGAGGGAAGUCCCCCCAGUUAAUACAGAUCACGACUUCAGAAUUUCUCUCUCAGAGGUUCCAAGAAACAGAUCUGAGAUUUUUUUUUAAGUGAUGGAGAGAAACCUAUGACUUGCUCAAACUAGCUUAGGCUUGAAUAAAGUUCUUGGUUGAAACAUUUCUUCUUGGUCAGUCACGGCCUCAUUAGGUCUUGGGUGCCUGCGGAGAUGAUUAAUCAAAUUUACCCACCGUACAAAGGAGGAAACUAAGGCAGGAAAGGAGUUCCAGAGAAGCCCAUCUCCAGCCAAUGGAAGCAAUUCAGAACUGGUCUGAAGAAUCUGAGUGGGGCUCUUAGAGCACCUCUUCAAAUCAUUGUUCAUCACAUCUGAAAAGGCAGAUUCAUCAGACUUUGUAAUGGUGAGCUCAGAAUCUGAAAACAGGACCCAAGGCUUCAUUUUUGGGACCACAACUGGCUGUGCUCUGGUACUUCUGGCUGUGUGCUCAGGAAUCCUGGUGGAGCUCGGAGGACCACGUGUGGUGCUGGGAAUUGAACCCAAGUUGGCCUCAUGCGCCCUAUUGCUGGACUGGCUCCCUGUUCUAAGACCCAGGUUUUGACAAGUCUCCCUGUGAUGCUUCUGCCUCAUUGCCAGGCUUGGGAGUCAUGUUGUUGAUUUACCUGGCAAAGUGUGAUGGACGUUUGUGGAAAGACACAAAUAGCAAUUUGUGUCUCUUUUAUGUUUAGCUAAUAAUGGAAUCUGCUGGUUGAUAUAUUGGGGGUUUGUGUUUGUUUUGUUUUUUCAAUACUUCCUUGACCUUUGUAUCUUAUUGCUUUUUGUUUUUGUUUUUGUUUUUGUGUCAAACCCACACAAUGUUCAGAAUUUACUCCUAGCUCUGCACUUAGGAAUUAUUCCUGGUGGUGCUUGGGGACUAUAUAGGAUGCUAGGAAUCAAAUGGGGUCUGCUUUAUGCAACUCAGCUGCCCUAUCCACUGUACUUGUCUCUCCAGCCCCUGUGUAUCAUUAUUUAAGGAAAGAUAAUAAGGAGUUUAAACAUGGAGAUAUUUUACACUCUUCCGGCAGUCUGAGUUAUGAUAAAUUGUUCAUCAGUAAGGCAAACUGUUGCAUAGUCUAUUGUCAGUCUGUUGACAAUUUUGUUCAUUUGUGAAAUUAUAAAAUUUCCAGUGGGUUGAAAACAGUAGUUGAUAUUUGCAAUCUUUAAGCAGUUCAUAACUAUGCUGACUUUAUACAACUAUUGUAUUUGUGACUUUUUAAGUAAUUGUAUUUUUUGACUUGUAAAUAACAUGACUUUUUUUUACAACUGA